AUGUUCGAUGUAUCUUGGACCGAUCCCGAGCGGGAAACCGUUGGUGAAAGGAGAACUCGGAAGGAACAGAAUGGCGGGUCGUCUCGAAAACAGAAUGUUAUAUCACGAAGGUCGUCAAUGCGAAGCUCGAAAUCGACAGAAUCUCCUGCUGCAGCUAAGCCAUCGCUCUUGAAUAUCUUCGGAUCAGGCAGGAAGCCGGCCAUAGACCGAGCAAAAUCGCAGUCAAAGCUCUAUUCAGAAGACGUCAACGAUCACCGGGUAUCAAUCUACACCUCCGGGUCGGAAACUUCAGCACCAGAGUCCUUUGGACUACCAGCAACGCGGAUCGCUUCAAAUUCGUUCUUUGACGGUCGUAGUUCCCAUUCAGAUACCGAGCAAUCUAAUCCCUCAGAGCCCCCUGACUCUGUCUUCUCCGGCUGGACUGAGAGGACUUCUCGCACUGAUUCGAGCUGGGGUUCCGUAAUCGACACGUCGACGCUCUCCUCUGGGACAAGCAGUUGUAUUGUGCAACCAUUAUCACCAACAUCGUUUGUGACCCAGAGCACCGAGGUAACGGUAUCGCCUCGGGAUAGUAUAAAAGCAGAAGAGCAGACUGCGACAAUCGUGAGAAUAACUGCUGCUGGGACGACGAUUCCUGUGGAGGUUUCCAAUGUUCCUGAUUCGCCCACGAAGACGUACGUUCCUCUCUAUCAGGCUACCUCGCCUGUAGCAGAGACUUGGAAACCACCAGAGACGUGGGAAUGUCCCGCAUCUUCAUCAGAUUCAUCAGGCUGCUCUCUCUCUCCCACAGCAAAAACGCAUCCCCGACCCAGAAGAGACAUACAAAAACCAAGACUGAAAUCCCCACCUACUUCUGCUGAAAUUCUGCAUCUUCAGCGGAGCAUUCGACGGAUGGAAGCAGCAAGUAAGAAGAUUAUGCUGGAGAGGCUGCGUGAGGAAUGGACCGAGAUUGCCGAUGCGAGCGUGUAUCGGGAAUUGGAAUUGGAGAAGCAGAUGUGGAUGUUGACUGCACUAAGAAGCUUCGAUGGGCGGAGGAGUAUUGAUGGUUCGAGGUGCGGGACUCCUGUCUGGCAUCGUGGAAAAGUUCUGAGUCUAUUUGAGAAUCAUGCUUCAGCAUCCUCGCUUGUCGCCAUCGUGCCAAAAGGAACAGAGGUGCACCAUCUCUCGACAGCUCCAUUGUCGCCAAAGCAAUACCUCAACAUCUUACCACUCACUGUUCCGAGUGCGACUCCGCAGCUACCUUAUGCUUCCAACAUCUUUAGCAGUAUUCACGCUUUCUGCCUACCGUCUCUACUGCCCUCUUCUUCUAUCCCAGCGGUCUUAAAAGAGUGUUACCGCGUGCUAGUCUCAGCUCCUAAACCUUCUCAGUCGACAACGCCGUCCUCGAACACGUUGUCUAAUUCUGUGGAACCCAGAGGUGGAACUCUUUGCCUCACGAUUUUAGACCCAUCUCCACUUCCAGGAACUCUAGGACCCCGCCUUCGAACUUGGCUGGAUGACCACCUCGUCCUAAACCUUGAAAAGCAAUUUCGAUGCAUCAACCCAAGUCGAUUGCUCCCAGACUGGUUGGCGGAUGCUGGAUUACGAGCCAAAGGAAGCACGGUGAUGUAUGUGAAAUUCUUCGCUUCUGUGCCGAAUUUGGAAGAUGAACGUAUCAAGCAAGAGCUCAAAAGCGUAGUUGGAAGAAUGCUUUGGAAAGAAAUGUGGGGCUCAUAUGUUCUGGGAGAGAAGUGGUGGUGGGAGGAUGAAGAGGUGGUCGAUGAGUGCGAGAGAAUGGGAACAGUAUGGGAAUAUGCGGUGAUUGAAGCGGUGAAGGGAGAGUAA